AUGACCUCUAUUGGUACAGGAUAUGAUUUGUCAGUUUCAACCUAUUCUCCUGAUGGACGCGUGUUCCAAGUUGAAUAUGCAAACAAGGCAGUAGAUAACAGUGGCACUGCCAUUGGUCUUCGUUGUAAGGAUGGUGUUGUUUUAGCAGUUGAGAAGCUCGUUCAAUCAAAGCUUUUGGUCGAAGGUGCCAAUCGUCGUAUUCAAAGCGCAGAUCUUCAUAUUGGUAUUGCCACUGCAGGUUUAUUAGCUGAUGGUAGACAUCUCGUCAACAGAGCUCGCGAUGAAGCACAAGCUUGGAGAGAUAUUUACAAACAACCCAUUCCCGGAAAGGCCAUUGCUGAUCGUAUCGGUCAAUAUAUCUCUGCCUAUACUUUAUAUUCCAGUGUUCGUCCAUUCGGUACAUCCACCAUUAUCGGUACAAUGACUGAGAAGGAAGCACCUUCCUUAUACAUGGUGGAGCCCUCUGGAGUUUAUUGGGGCUACAGAGGUUGCGCCAUUGGCAAGGGUAAAUCAGUUGCCAAGACCGAGAUCGAGAAGCUUGAUUUAGACAGCAUGACAGUCCGUGAAGCCGUUAAUCAGAUCACUCGAAUCAUCUACACAUGUCACGACGAUGCAAAGGACAAAGACUUUGAACUGGAAUUAAGUUGGAUUUGUGCAGAAUCGAAAUACAAACACCAAUUUGUACCAAAGGAACUCAAAUUGGAGGCAGAGACAUUAGCAAAAGAGUCUUCGGAUGAUGAGAUGGAGGAUUAA